CGCACACGAGUGUCAUGCGCACGUUGGAGCUAAGUGAGUUUAUGAUGGCGAAAAGAGACUGCUAUUUUUAGCGUAAUUUGGUGACCAGAUUAGUUAAGUAAUGCCAGCAUUCAUUUUUAUUUGAAUACAAACACAAAGAAUUAUGCAAAGAAGUCCGACUUGUCCUAACUGCUGCCAUAAUUUCGGAACACAAGAUCCAUCAAGACCACAUGGACCACGUUUGCCAUUACUGCUACAGUGUGGUCACACCCUUUGUGAAGGUUGUAUCACAAAAUUAGGAAAGCAGAGAAAAUCUAUACACUGUCCAAAGUGUGACUCUGUUACAGUUGUCGGCGAACAUGGGAUAUUUCCGGAUAUUUAUGUUCUUGGAUUGCUGUCGUUAAAUAGAAAGCUAUCAAUGGAUGGGGCCGAGUUGGCAAUGAUAGGUCGUAUUGGCUUUACCGCAUCCAAAAAUGGGGUAAGAAAAAAGAAAAAAUUCAAGAAGAGAGAACAAAGUGCUGCGGCUGAAGGAGUGUCACCAGAUGACAUGUGUGAUGAGUGUGGUAAGAAAGCAGCCACAGCACACUGUAUCAAAUGUGAAUGUAACAUGUGUGGAGUAUGUUUUGAUAAAGUACACCAUGCAUCUAAGAUACUCAUGAAACAUCAAGCUUUUCCACUGAAUAAAGUAACUGGUACAGUGCCUUUAAUUUGUCCUGAGCAUGAUGAUAAAAAGAUUGACCUGUACUGUGACGACUGUGAGAAGGCAAUUUGUACUCACUGUGUUCUCUUUGGUGAACACAAACCACAUAAUUAUAUGUCAUUGGAAGAGAAGAACAAAGAGGUUGCUGUUAACAUCGAACCAGCAGUGCAAGUUGCUAUGGAUACUAUAGAAAAGUUGAAAUCAGCUGAUAAG